AUGUCGCGCUUCGGUGCCAAGAAGGGCAAAAAGCUCCCCGGUGCAGAGUUCACCUGGGACACCACCGAUCCAAGCGGGGAAGCAGACACAGCACCCACUCCCCUUUUCCCUAAAUACACCGUUCCACGCGCAAGACCCAUCAGCGACCGCGAACAAGUCCAAGUCAACCUCUACCGAACACUACGCGAGCGCUUCCAUGACGGACCAUAUUACUCUAUCUUAGGCGCUUGCUCUGGAUCGAAUGGCUAUACGGCUAGCUCGAAGGCGAAUUUUGAUCCUUUCAACGGGAUGCCGUCGUACUCUGGCAAAUAUCAGAAGAAGAAGCGGCUUGUGCCGAAGCUACAGGGGAGACCGUAUGUUCUGAAAUUCUUUCCCCGGGAACUGUGGCCGACUGCGCAGCCCAAUUUCAAACCGGAUGCGGCGCUUGACGGAUACAUACCUCAGACGUUACGGAGCGGGAUCAAGCGCGGAUUUGAGGAGGAUGACGAAGAUGAAGAGACCUUGAAGCGUCGGAGAGAGGGCGAUGGGGAUGGCGAGGGCGGGGAGGGUGAAGAUCUGGAAGCGGAUAUCCUGGAUGCAGAUGAAGAUCAAGAAGAGGAGAUUGUGGAUGAUGACUUUGAGGAUGAUGAGGAUGAGAUGGGCGGGGACUAUAACGCGGAGCAGUACUUUGAUGGUGGAGAGGAAGACUAUGGAGAUGAUGGGUUUGGGGAUGGCGGCGGCGGCGGUGGUGAUGAAGAUACGUAUUAA